AGUCAACAAACGCGCUCCUCUCACAAUAUUUCUGCAAAUAAAAAAAUCUAACAUUCCAAAUAAAGUCACAGCCGCCUGCAGCAUGAUACGGUAAAAUAGCCGAGGGUCACCUGUUAGAUUACCGAGGAUUGCCGGCAAUUGACCUCACUCAAGCGUGGUAGAGUUCGCCAUCCGGCAAUAAUACUCGUGGUGGGAGCUAGGGUGUUGCUGGCGUUUAAUACGUCUCUAAGCAACGUCAGUCGACAACAUUUUGUCAUGAGCAGUAGGCGCUCUCAUGAAAUCCUCCGCAAAUCAAACAUUCAUAAAUUUAUCGGCUAAUAAACUACAGUAAAUCUUUAAAAAAUUCUCUGAAAUUACGAAAACACCUUUCCUAAUACUAAAUAAAAAAUUAAUAACAAUGGCUCUCUCAACGGAUUAUAAACAAAAUCAUGAGUCUCGUGGAGUUCUACGUUGAGGUCCAAUUAAGACAAUUACGUGAUAAUAAAGUGACAAAUGAAACACCGAGGAUUCACAUUAAUGAGGAGAGUGAUAGUAUAAAAAUGCAGUUAUGCGGCCGAGGCAGGAAGUUGUGGCUGUUGACCUUUAUUGCCACACUGACCUGCGUACAUUUCGUACUAAUGUAUUACGAUAUAAGGAUAUUAAGGUGGGAGCCAGAGGUAUUUUUAUUUGGUUUUGGAAAUACUCGUACACCGAACGUGAGCAAUGCAACGAAGAAAAUACUCUUCUGGAAUACAAUGUUCGGAGAUGAAACGUUCUACUUCGGUCACGGUGAUAUUUUUAACAAGUGUCCCAAUUUACCCCGCGAUGGGUGCUACGCAACGCACAGUCGUCGUAUCUUCCAUAUUCGUGAUUUCGAUGCAAUAUUGUUCCAUGGAAACGAAUUGUCAGUGAGGGAUCUGCCGGGUGAGCGUGAUAAAUCGCAACGAUAUAUUUUCGUUAAUCUUGAGAGUCCGGUGACAUGGAUACGGCGAACAAAACCAUUCUUUGAGGAUUAUUUCAAUUUAACAAUGACGUAUAGAGUAGACAGUGAUAUACAAUGGCCGUACUAUGCUGUACGUGAUAGGAAAAGUGGAAAUAUUGUGGCACCGGCGUUCAAUGCCGUUUGGAAGAUACCCGAGGAUGCAACAGACGACGUUGAUAAAGAGGACCAAAUUAUGAAGAUCAUUAAGAUGAAGAAAAGGACAGCGGUGUGGUUUGUGAGUAACUGCGACACGGACAGUGCCCGAGAGAAAUAUGUGAAAGAAUUGUCGAAGCACGUGGACGUUGACGUUUACGGUCGAUGUGGUAGCGAGACCAAGUGUCCGAAGGGUGAGGACUGCUUUCGAAAGCUCGUCGAGCCGGACUACUUUUUUUACUUAUCCUUCGAGAAUAGCCUCUGUCAGGAUUACGUCACUGAGAAACUCUCCAAUGCUCUCAAAUAUCACGUCGUUCCAGUAGUUUAUGGUGGCGCUAACUAUAACUCAUCAGCUCCUCCAAAUUCCUUCAUCAAUACCCUCGACUUUCGUUCUCCAAAGCAACUAGCAUAUUUUUUAAUAAGACUGACAAAAAAUCCGUCCGAAUACGCUGCGUACUUCAAGUGGAAGAAAUAUUAUGACAUUGUUCCGUCGGGGCAAUUAACAAUUUGUAAUCUCUGUAGAUAUCUCCAUGAAACAACAAAAAAUAAAAUUUACGAUUCCAUGUCAGAUUGGUACUUAAAGGGAAAAUGUCCCUUGCAAGAUAAAUUGAGCCAUUAUCCGUACAUAACAAAAUUAGCGACAAUGUUCGAUAAUGAUUGAAGUCUUCCAUGUAAUUGCUUUGAAUCGAUGAUCAUGAAAAAUAGUGUAAAUAAAAUUAAUCAGCCGACUGGUGUACACAUGUCACUGACAGGUUAUCAACCAUUUUUUUUAUCGGUGUGUCAUUUCGAUGGAGCAUUUGAGAAUGUUUUCUGCAAUUUACUGUUUCGUACAAACACUUUGGUGGUAAUUUUAAAAUGCAGAAUUUGCAAUAAACUUCGCAAACAAAUAAAAA